AAUCUAUAAAAAUGAGUUUCACUAAUAAUAUUGCUGUUAAUAAUUGUGAAAAACAUUGUCAAACAUUGGAUAGUAAUAUUAUUACCGCCGAUACUACUACUGAACUAAACAACAGUGGUUCAGACAUUGAAGACCAGGACAUCCUAUGCGGUGAUAGUGUUGGUGGUGGCGGUGGAGGCGGUAGAGAUACACCAGUCGAUCGACGUCGACGUAGACUACAGUCCAUUAUCGACCCGUCCUAUGCACCGAAAAUAUUACGUAAAAAUAAAUCGAUAACACGGGCCGAAUCUAUGGGAUCGUUGGUCGGUAACGAAAGUAAAGUACUGGUACUGUUUACCGGGGGUACCAUCGGUAUGAUGAAGUCGGCACAGGGAGUAUAUGAGCCCCGAGCCGGUGCACUGGUGCCGGCAUUGAGAAAAUAUCCACAACUACACGAUCCUGAUUAUGUGGAAAAGCACUUACGUAUGCCUAAAGAUAAUUCACCGCUUGUUUUGCCAGAUACGGGUGAAUCAAAUCGUAUAGUCUAUACUAUCUAUGAAUACGAGCCGCUGUUGGACUCGUCUAACUUUACCGUCGAUGACUGGAUCAACAUUGCACUGGAUAUUCAACAAUCGUAUCAACAUUUCAAUGGAUUUGUUAUACUUCACGGAACCGAUACAAUGGCUUAUACAGCAUCGGCACUGUCCUAUAUGUUGGAAAAUUUAGGCAAAACAGUGGUCAUCACCGGCAGUCAGAUACCGUUGUUUGAACCGCGAAGCGAUGGCCGGGAAAACCUAUUGAAUUCAUUGAUCAUAGCCGGCAACUAUUCAAUACCCGAAGUGUCCAUUUUGUUCAAUAAUAAACUAAUGAGAGGCAAUCGUACGUCAAAAGUAUCGACCAGUCUAUUAGAUGCAUUUGAUUCGCCAAAUAUGCCGCCACUGGCCACUAUCGGCAUCAAUAUAAACGUCGACUGGAAUAAUGUGUUCCGGUGGCCAACAAUUGCCAAAUUUUGUGUCCAUUCAAUACUGUCCCGAAAUGUCGGCCUAUUGAGACUGUUUCCCAGUAUAUCAGUAGAAACGAUCCAAGCGUUUCUAAUGCCGCCCAUCGAGGGUGUAGUACUACAGACCUACGGUGCGGGUAAUGCACCGUCCAAUCGGGCCGACAUAUUGGCUGAAUUACGGGCGGCCACCGAUCGCGGUGUCCUGAUUGUCAACAUAACCCAAUGUUUUUCCGGUCAAGUAAUGGCCAGUUACGAAACGGGUAAUGCAUUGGUCAAAGCUGGUGUCAUAUGCGGAUCGGAUAUGACACCCGAAGCUUGUCUGACCAAAUUGUCGUACGUCCUAAGCAAACACCAGUGGACUAUUGCGGAGAAGCGCAAGAUGAUUGAGACCAAUCUGUGCGGCGAACUGUCCAGCUAUUUGGACACGAAAUUCGAAGAUAUCGAACUGAUCCGCGGUAUUGCCCAAAGUCUACGGGUGUCGACCUCACAGGAGAUGCAGGCCCUGCGCAACGCCCUCUAUCCGGCCAUUGUCUGCGCUAUUGCAGCCAAAGGCGACUGCGAUCAGCUGAAUAAAUUGAAUCGGUUUUCGGGUGCCGACCUCAGCGGUAGCGACUAUGAACUGCGGACACCAUUGCACACUGCCAUUUCCAAUAAGCACAAGGAUGUAGUCGAGUAUCUGCUAAGCGAAGGUGCCAGUGUUCACGCCAAAGACAAAAACAAUGAGACACCACUGCAGAUGGCUAUACAACACGAUCUGAAAGAGAUUGUCGUAAUGUUGGUCCAGGCGGGCGCCCACUUGGACGGGUCGUCGACCACCAAAAUGGCCGAUAUGUUGACCAAAGCUGCAGCUAAAGGUAAUGUCAAACGAUUGGAAACACUAUGUCUGGCCGGUGUCAACAUCAACGAAGUGGACACUUUCGGCAGGACUGCCCUACAUGUGGCCAUUGAACGCGACCAGAAAUCGGUAGUCGAGUUUCUGGUCAAACACCGUACCAGUGAUGAUGAAACAAAUCUAUUGUUAUUGUUGUCUAAGACUGAUAUCUAUGGACGAAAUGCUUAUGAAUUGGCCAAACAUUUCGGUAGACAUCAUAUGCUAGAAAUGUUUAGUCAAUUAUUGUUAAGUAAAUCUGGCAAUAAUUGUAUUAUUAUUAAUAAUAAUAAU